UAUUUUUCAGUGUGUUUGAAAUCGAGUGUCAUAAUAUCAUCAGUGGCUUCGCGGUCUUCGCGAACUAUUUUACCAAUGGAGGACCUCACACCCUCUUUUUCCAGUUGGCCUUCUCUUGCUUUGGACAAGAACGUCGGUUCUUCUGGAAUCCGACUCUGGAAUUCCUUGUGCACACCUGUGUCCACACGUUCUGAAGUAUCUGAGGAAGUUGCCACUGUCCCUCUAGGACAAGUAACAAGAGUGGUUUAAAAACAAAAGUCCCUGGAGGGGGGUAGAUUUCCUCCCACCUGCAGAAGCUGAUUCUGCUCAGCCACGCGGCCUCCGGACCAAUUAUUACUCAGGAAAAAGGGGGCGUUGCUUGAGAGCUGUCCAAUCAGAAGCGCGCAGGGGAAGGUGGGUGGGGCCACGUCCGGCAGACCGAGUGGUCGCUCCUAGCAGGCUCUGCGUGGUCUCACCAGCGUUGAAGUAGCUCAGGUUAGUUCGCUGCAGCUUCAUUACAAACGCUGUGAGCUGCAGAGGCCGCGUGAGUCUAAGGAAUGACGCCGGAGAACCCCAGAAGGCGUGAAGUGGGAAGAGAAGCUCAAGAUGUGAGAUGAAUGUGCUUACGUUUUCAGGACCCAGUGGCCUUUGAGGAUGUGGCUGUGAACUUCACCCUGGAGGAGUGGGCUCUGCUGGGGCCUUCACAGAAGAAACUCUACAGAGAUGUGAUGCGGGAAACUUUGAGUAACCUGGCCUUAAUAAGUAAGGAUGAUGACAUUCCUUCACUUAGAGAACAAGUGCCUCCUGCCCAUCAAUGUUGUUCUCAGAUUUGGAACGGGGAAAGGGAAAUCUUUGGGGAUAAAUGGGAGGACCAUUACACUGAAGAUCAGUACAAAAACCAGGAAAGAAAUCUGAGAGGUCAUAUAUUACAGAGACUCUGUGAAAGUAAAGAAGGUAGUCAAUGUGGAGAAAACAGCACCCUUAUUCCAAAUCUUAAUCUGAACACGAAAAAUUCUACUAAACCAUGGGAAUGCAGUGUGUGUGGAAAAGUCUUCAUGAGUCGUUCAUCCCUUAAUAGGCACCUGAGAUCUCACACUGCACCCAAACCAUCCAAGUAUCAGGAAUAUGGAAGGAAGCCUUACAAAUGUAGAGUAUGUGGGAAAGCCUUCAGUUAUCUCCAGCCUUUCCAAAAACAUGAAAGUAAUCAUGGUAUAGAAAAAUCCUAUAAAUGUAAAGAAUGUGGAAAAUCCUUUAGAUAUCGUCAAUCUGUUCGAAAACAUGAACGGACUCACACUGGAGAGAAACCCUAUCAGUGUAAACAGUGUGGAAAAGCCUUUCGAUACCAUCAAACCUUUCAAACACAUGAAAGAACUCACACAGGAGAGAAACCCUAUGAAUGUAAGCAAUGUGGUAAAGCCCUCAGUUGUCCCAGUUCCUUUCGAAGCCAUGAAAGGACUCAUACUGGAGAAAAACCCUAUGAAUGUAAAAAGUGUAGUAAAGCCUUCAGUUGUCCCAGUUCUCUUCGAAAACAUGAGAGAACUCAUACUGGAGAGAAACCUUAUGAUUGUAAGGAAUGUGGAAAAGCUUUUAUUUCUCUUGGAAGUUUUCAAAGACACAUGAUAACACAUACUGGAGUUGGACCUUAUAAAUGUAAGGACUGUGGGAAAGCAUUCAAUUGUCCCAGUUCAUACAGAAUACACGAAAGAUCUCACACUGGAGAAAAACCCUAUGAAUGUAAACAAUGUGGUAGAGCCUUCAGUUGUUCCAGUUCAUUUCGAACACAUGAAAGAACUCACACUGGAGAGAAACCUUAUCAAUGUAAGGAAUGUGGAAAAGCCUUCCAUUGGCUCACCACUUUUCAAGUCCACGUGAGAACUCACACUGGCGAGAAACCGUAUAUAUGUAAGCAGUGUGGUAAAGCCCUCAGUUGUCCCACUUCCUUUCGAAGACAUGAGCGGACUCACACUGCAGAGAAACCGUAUGAAUGUAAGCAGUGUGGAAAAACCUUCAGUUCUCCUCUAGGUCUGCAAAUACAUGAAAGAACUCACACUGGGGAGAAACCCUAUAAAUGUGAGAAAUGUGGGAAAGCAUUCGUUUCUCUCACAAGCUUUCGAAGACACAUGAUGACUCACACUGGAGAUGGACCUUAUAAAUGUACAGAAUGUGGGAAAGCAUUUAAUUGUCCUAGUUCAUUUCGAAUACAUGAAAGAACUCACACAGGAGAGAAACCCUAUGAUUGUAAGAUAUGUGGUAAAGCCUUCAGUUGUUCCAGUUAUGUUCAAGUACAUGAAAGAACUCACACUGGAGAGAAACCCUAUGAAUGUAAGGAAUGUGGGAAGGCAUUCAUUUACCGCACAACCUUUCGAGGUCACUUGAGAGUGCACACUGGUGAGAAACCAUAUAAAUGUAAAGACUGUGGGAAAGCCUUUAGUCGACCCAGUUCAUACAGAAGUCAUGAGAGAAUUCACACUGGAGAGAAACUUCUUGAAUGUAAGCACUGUGGGAAAGCCUUCAAUUGGCCCACAUCCUUACAUAAACAUGUCAUGAGAAUGCACACUAGAUAAAUUAUAACUGAUAAAUACAGCAGAGUUUUCUAGCUUAACAAACACAUUCAAAGUCUUGUUAAAACUACUAGAGAUAAAUGCUGUAAAGUGUAAAUAACAUGGGAAA